UCCACUCUCCUGUCAACCUGCUCUGUCCCUCAACCUUUUCAUUUUUUCCAAUAAAUUUCAUCAUUUCCUCAUUUACUGUUCAUUAGCAAGUUUAAUGACAUGCAGUAACAGCUCACUAACACUUAAAACAGAAAUCAAAAGAUUCAAAACCAUUAAAUUGACUGGCUUCUUGGCAUUCGCCAUUGCCAUUUUUGCUCUCCUUCUCUCCUCUCCUUCUCUUCCUCUCUCCCCCUCCCUUUUGGGUUCUCCAACGCCUCCCCCCUCACCCCAUUCCCCAUAAAACCCUACCUUCUCCUCCCCUUGCAGCUCACGUUUCUCUCCCAGUGUCUGUUUUUCUUUGUUGGGUAGCAGUGGGGGGUGGGUUCUUGUAUCAAUAUGUCCCAUGCCCUGUUCAACAGAGCCUGAGAUUUGCUGGUGAGGAAUGGAAUGUAUUGUUCUUUACCUUGAGGUAGAUUGAGUUCUGGGUUCUCUUCAGUUCCACUGUUCAGUUGGUAAAGUUGCAGGGACGACUCUGCUCGGCACUUUGCGAGGAUCACCACCUGAAAAGCUUUUAGCUUGAAGUAGAAGAAGCUUUCUGGGGCAGUAGUUCCUCAGUGGAUAAUGCCAGAGUUAAUAUGUGCUUGGUAAGCAGCAAGAACUGGACCUCCUCGCUGCCGCUCAAUUCAUUACCAUUGUCCAGGGCGGGUGUGAACUUCAAAUGUCUCGAGUUCAGAAGCUGUGAAGAAGUGUUCCGCUUUGUAGAUUCGAAUCCCCCGGCCUGAGUUUAAUUCCAUAACUCUUCUGAUCAACUGAUCGAGAGUUCAGAACUUGCGAUCUGGUGGAAAGAUCUAAAGAUGGAUUUUUUCAAAGGGAAGAAGUUCAGAAAGGGGAACAAGCCUAAUGCCGAAAAGAGUACGGACGAGAAGCCCGUCCCGCAACCGGAGGAGCCCAAGAGUGAGCAUGGCAGCGGUGAUGGCUUGACUAAAUCGCCCAAUGCCGAUCCCAUUAACGAUGCUGAGGAGGAUGACGAUGAUGACUUCAUCACGAACGAGGUGAAGAGAAGGCUGAAAGAGCUCAGGAGGAACAGUUUCAUGGUGUUGAUUCCGGAGGAGGAGUCUUGUGCCGAGGAGGAAGAGGAGGACGGAGAGGAAGCAGGGGAGACGACGUCUACUGAUUGGAGGGAUGUUGAAGCUGAGGGUAGGCAAUGGUGGGGUGGAUUUGAUGUCUUCUAUGAGAGGUACUGCGAGCGGAUGCUGUUCUUUGAUCGAAUGAGCGCUCAGCAGCUCACUGGAGCUGGAUCCACGGCUCCUUUGACUCCAUCACCAAGGUCUGCUUCUAAGAAGCUCACAUCACCUCUUCGCUGCCUUUCCUUGAAGAAGAUUGAAGAACCUGAUGAUGAAACCGAGAAGUUGCAACAGAUGGAGAAUGAAACUUAUCAAGAUAUCGAAACAACGUAUGUGGCUCACAUUUGCCUGACAUGGGAGGCACUCCAUUGCCAGUUCACCCAGCUGAGUCAAAAGAUAUCGUGCCAACCAGAGAAUCCUGCAUGUUACAACCAUUCUGCUCAACUGCUUCAGCAGUUUCAGGUUCUACUCCAGAGGUUUAUCGAAAAUGAACCGUUUGAGCAGGGUCUCAGGCCAGAAAGUUAUGCGCGUGCCAGGAAAAUCUUGCCGAAAUUGCUACAGGUUCCAAAUAUACGAGCUUCCGAGCCGAAAGACAUGGAAGAAGGGUCGGAAUUGAGGAUGCUCGGCACAGAUCUUAUGAAGAUAUUGGAGAAUUCAAUACUCACCUUCCACCUUUUCUUGAAAAUGGACAAGAAACGGCCAGGAAAUGGCCUCCAUUUUUUCGGGAAUCACAACCAUGCUGCUGCUACCCCCCUGCAGCAGGUCCAGUCUUCUCUGGUGAAGAAAGCGACGAAGCUGAAGGAACUUAAGAAGAAGAGGAAAGGCUGGAAGAAGAAAUCGUGGCCUCAGGCGUACGAGGAUGUGCAGCUGUUUUUUGGCCUGAUCGACGUGAAGAUCCUCUCACGGGCGCUCAGGAUGGAAAGGAUCACCAAGGAACAAUUGUUUUGGUGCGAGGAGAAGAUGAAGAAAUUGGAUGUAUUGUCAUCAGAUCAUGGAAAGCUGCUGCAGAGGGAUCCCUCUCCUGUUUUAUUCCCUUGUUGAUUCGAUUUAAACGUGAUCUGUGAAAAUGUUAGCGAGCACCCUAAGAUUCUUGUACUCUAUGGUCCCAAUUGAUGCUUUUUACGCCUACCAUGUAAAAUCGACCAAUGUUUUAUCAUUGCUCCAGGGCAUGUCCGCAUUGGCAGUUCAAUCUAUUCUGAGACGGAUUUACAACUA